GGUAUACAUUUUCUUGAAAAAGCAUCCCUUUUUCUCAUCAUUUUGAUGUCCAAUUUUCCAUCCCCCCCCCCUUGAAUCUAUAUAACCCCAAAUAAAAGUCCACAUUCCUAUGGGUUAUUUUUAGGAUUAUUAUUAUUAUUACUAACAAAGAAAAGUGAAAUAUAUAUGUUUUAAAUCUUGUUAAAAAGUACCAAUUGUAAAGAGAACUAUCUAAUCAUGCAAAAUUUCAGACCGAAAAUGUCUGACGAUGAGGAUAUUCAGUACAUCAAGCGGAAGAAAGUGGUUCAUUUCGGAACCCUCAGCGAGAACAGAGGAGAGUCGUCAGUUGAAAAUAUACAGAUAUCUUCCGAGUAUAUUGAGAUGGACAAGGACGUGUUGUCCAGCGACAAGCAGGAGAUGCUGGAGGAGUUUGAGCGCAGGCGCCGCGUCCGCGCCAUAACGGUGUCCACUAACGACUCCGAGGUGAAGUCCGAGCUGCGGCUACUGGGGGAACCUAUCUGCUUGUUCGGGGAGGGUCCAGCUGACAGGAGAAACAGAUUGCGUGAAUUGAUAGGGAAGAUUGGUGCUGAUGUUCUUCAAAAGAAGAAAAUGCAGUCUGAAGUAGUAGAAGAAAAGAAAGAUGAUGAAUCUACUUGGUAUCACGAAGGGCCCGAAUCUCUCAAAAUAGCACGUGAAUGGUUGGCAAGCUACAGUAUACCACGAGCUGUUGCGCGCUUAAGUCGUCUUCGCGAAGAAUCCGAUUUGCCAGAGAAAACAAAGAUGGCGAAGAAGCAAGAAAUUCAGAAGAAAAUGAAAAGUUUAGACGUCGAGGCCAGCCAGAUAGUGGAUACCCGUCCUGUAUCCUGGUGUCAGUUUAGUCCUGACUCCAAAAUGCUGGUGACUGGUAGCUGGUCUGGGGUCUGUAAACUCUGGAGUGUACCUGACUGCAAGGAGAUCCGACCACUACGUGGACAUACAACCCACGUGGGAUCUGUCGUCUUCAAUCCUAAAUCUACUCUCGGUCUGGAUCCUGCAGAACCCAACCUGGCAUCCUGCGCAGCUGAUGGUUCCGUCAAACUCUGGAGUUUAGACUCAGAGGAACCGGUAGCAGACAUUGAAGGUCAUGAUGCGCGAGUAUCUAGAUGUGCAUAUCAUCCUAGCGGUCGGUUUCUUGGAACAGCAGUCUGGGACAACUCAUGGAGACUUUGGGACUUAGAACAGCUUACAGAAGUUCAACAUCAGGAGGGGCAUAGUAAAGAGGUUUACUGCCUUGCUUUUCAACAGGAUGGAUCUCUGUGCUGUAGUGGAGGUCUGGAUAGUUUUGGUAGAGUUUGGGAUCUACGGACAGGACAAUGUAUCAUGUUCUUGGAGGGACAUCUCAAGGGUAUAACAGGGGUUGACUGGUCUCCUAACGGAUAUAAUAUUGUGACCUGUAGUCAGGAUAAUUCAUGUAAAAUCUGGGAUUUAAGAAAGAGAAAUAUUGAGUACACUAUCCCAGCACACACUAAACUGGUGUCUAAUGUGAGGUUUGAGAAGAAUACUGGGGAAUAUCUAGUCUCUAGUAGUUAUGAUGGAACUGCCAAGGUUUGGGCCAGUAAGACCUGGUUACCCCUGGCUACCUUGAGGGGGCAUGAUAACAAAUUGUCUGGCUGUGAUGUAUCUCCUGAUGGUUCCAUGAUCGCUACCUGCUCAUUUGACAGAACAUUUAAACUGUGGAACUUCCAGCAUUGAAAUCUCCACGAAAUAUUGUUAACUCCCACACUUGUGAAAGAAACAUAAUUAAAGAAUAAAAAAUUCAAAAAGUUGAAGAAAGAUAUUUGUCCAGUUACAAGCUUCUGUUAUGAUGUUGAGCUUUAUGCCUGCUAGAUUUUCAAAAGCACUGGCUUUGUUUCUUCCUGUUUAUCUGUCAACACAGUUUUACCUGGAUUACUGAAUUAUUGUUUACGCCAUUAUUUUUCAUUUAUUUACAUAUUUUUAGA